AAAAAUAGAGUAUACGCAGAUAAAAUUGUCAUUAAUCAUCUGAUAUCUGUCAAAAACCGUCAAAAACUACGUAAAUAAUGUCAGAAUUAAAGACGGAAAUUUUAUUAAUUUUAUUAUGAUUCUAGUAAUUAUAAGUAGGUAAUUAAAAUUGUAAUAGCCAUGAUUCGCAACACAAUUAAAAAGUAUAAAGUCACCAAACAUUUGGACUUUCCAAGAUACAAACACUCAAAUAAGUUAGAUGCAAUCAGAGAAAAAUUAAAAGAGGGUCCGAAUCUAACCGAUUUUAUAUCUGAAGAUCGUCCAAAAAAUUGGGAUGAAUAUCAAGGCAAGCUGAAAAGGGAAAAAGGUGAAUCCGAGAGACUUAGGUUACCGCCAUGGUUGAAAACUACUAUACCCACAGGUUCAAAAUUCAAUGAAAUAAAACAGCAGUUACGUAGUUUGAAGCUUAGCACUGUUUGCGAAGAAGCAAGGUGUCCUAAUAUUGGAGAAUGUUGGAGCGGAGGAAAACACGGUGCAUCAACUGCUACCAUCAUGUUAAUGGGAGAUACCUGUACAAGAGGCUGCAUGUUCUGCUCAGUGAAGACAUCAAGGAAUCCACCACCUCUGGACCCAGAGGAGCCAAGGAACACUGCACAUGCUAUCAACCAGUGGGGUGUCGGAUAUAUUGUACUUACCUCAGUUGAUAGAGACGACUUACCAGAUGGAGGUUCGCUGCAUUUUGCCGAAACAGUUAAAGAGAUCAAAAAGCUCAACAAGGACAUCCUAGUGGAGUGCCUGGUGCCGGACUUCCGAGCCGUCCGGGGCUGCGUGGCGCGCGUGGCCUCCAGCGGCCUCGACGUGUUCGCGCACAACGUCGAGACCGUCGAGAGACUCACGCCCUUCGUGCGUGACCCCAGGGCGGGGUACCGCCAAACGUUGAAAGUUUUACAAAUGGCCAAAGAAAUAAAUCCUGAUUUAAUAACGAAGUCGUCCAUCAUGCUGGGACUCGGCGAGACCGACGCGCAAGUGGAGCAGACCAUGAAAGAUCUACGCGAGGCGGGAGUGGACUGCGUAACGCUGGGCCAGUACAUGCAGCCCACGAAGAAGCACCUCAAGGUGUUCGAGUACGUGACCCCCGCCCGGUUCCAGCAGUGGGAGGCGCGCGGCCGCCAGCUCGGCUUCCUGUACGUGGCCAGCGGAGCCCUGGUGCGCUCGUCCUACAGGGCCGGAGAGUUCUUCAUCAGCGCCGUGCUGCGGGACAGGAAGGUCAACUCGCAAUGACGGGUAGAAGGCUGGCCUUGAUACUCUAAACUAAUUUUCAUUAAGAUGUGGUUAGCGUAACUGCUAUACCCAUAGCUACUGCAGAGCGGUCCCCCCGGUCCCCCAGCGUCGCGGCUCCGGGCCCAAUAGCUUAGUCAAACAGCAAUCACAAUUUUAGGAUGAAUUUAAUAUUUAGUGUUAUUCAUUUUUUUUUAUUAUUAAAACUAAUAUCAUUAUCAUUUUUAUGGAAUCAAAGUAAUGACUGGUCGUGAUUGUACAAUGUUUUUGUUGUCACGUCGCAGUCGCCCCAGGACUGCACCACUUUUACUUUUACAUUACACAUGAUAUAUGUAAAUAUUUGCUGCUUAAAAUUUUGAUCAUCUUCAAGAUGACAGUAUUGUCUGCACAUGCAAACGUGAAUUUCAAAGCGUACAGAAACAUGUUCUCGUUAAAUAAUUAGAUUGUUAAAUGGCCUAGCCUAGUUCUUAUUGAUAAUUUAAUACAAAAUACUUCACACAUAAUAAUAUUUAUGAAUUUUGUUAUGGCGGCAUGCAAUACUCAGAAACUAGUUUUCUUAAGGCUUUAUUUUUCAAGUUUUAUUUAAACUUCAACAAUUUUCACAACAAAUUUAAAAUAUCAACUCUCUUCCCGUAAUAUUGAAGUCGGGUGAAAGGGACAAAUGUCUAGUCGAAGGUAGUCACAAGUUGUUUGAACAGAACAUCACUGACAUGUAUUUAUUUAAAUCAUAAUUUAUUUAAACACUUCUGUAUGUACGUAAAUACAUAGAUAUUAAUAGUAAAAGAAGUGUGAGACAAAUUUAAAGUCAAACGAAUGAAGUAAAUAAGUUGAAGGGGUCACAUUUCUCUUUUGCAAUUUUCUCUCUCUGUCUUGCUGUCUCUGUCCUUCUCACACGUUUCUCUUUCUCAACUAAAUAUUAUUCGGUUUCCCGCAAUGUUGAAUCUCUAUUUAAUUACGUUAUUAUCCUGUGUACGGAGCGGAAGGAUGGUGUCGGAACAUGAGCGAGACAAUAUUAAUUUCUUAAUUCAAGUAAAAUUGGUAUUACCAAAAC